AGCUGACAUAACCCGUUUUCUGUUACACAUCUAUCUGUCACGACUACAUUUUCUGUUACACAUCUCUCUGUCAUAACCCGUUUUCUGUUACACAUCUCUCUGUCAUAACCCGUUUUCUGUUACACAUCUCUCUGUCAUAACCCGUUUUCUGUUACACAUCUAUCCCGUCCAGUUUCUAUGAUACAUAUUUAACUCAUAUAAAUUAUUCUCUCAUUACAGCCGCGCCAUAAAGACGAAUCCCGAUGUACUGCCUACGACUCCUCUCUCACAGCUGCUGUGGGAUGACUUCUGGGGGACGCCCCUCACCCACAGCGGCUCCCACAAAUCCUACCGCCCCCUCACGGUCCUCUCCUUCAGACUCAACUACAUGGUGUCGGAGUUCCAGCCGAGGUCAUACCACGUGACCAAUGUUGUACUGCACGUGGCUGCCACUGGUCUUUUCGCUGUGUUGGCGCGCACGCUUACGCCCCACGCCCGCCUAGCCCGCACCGCCGCGCCCCUUCUCUUUGCCGCCCACCCCAUCCAUACCGAAGCCGUGGCGGGCGUGGUGGGGAGGGCGGACGUGGGCGCUGCUAUAUUCUUCCUCGGGGCGCUGCUCUCAUACAUGCGCUACUGCGGCUGUGGGCGUGGUAAUGGAGGCGUGGGCGUGGGCAUGAGCAGCAGGGUAGGGCGGCGGGCGUGGUUAGGGGCGGCUCUGGUUUCGGCCACCCUGUCCAUGCUAACCAAGGAACACGGCAUCACCGCCCUGGCUGUGUGUGCUGUGUACCACAUCUUCGUCCACGCCAAGAUGAGACCCAGGGAACUAUUCUCCAUCCUCACCGAGCGUCGCCACCGCGGGGUGAUGGAGGGGCUGGUGGCCCUGGGCGCCGCCCUCGUGGUUCUUCUCUCCUGCCGCCUAGCCAUCAUGGGGUCCCAGCCGCCAGAGUUCGCUCCUGCGGAUAAUCCGGCGGCGGACUGCGAGUCUCCGGGGGUCAGAGCCCUCACCUUCUUCUUCCUGCCGGCGUUCAACGCGUGGUUGCUGCUCUGCCCCUACACCCUGUCCUUCGACUGGUCCAUGGAGGCCAUUCCGCUGGUGACGUCCCUGGCGGACCCCAGGAAUCUGGCCUCCAUGGCCCUCUACGCCUCCCUGGGCCUCUUGGCGCUGGCCUCGCUGGUGGCUCUCCGGCGGCGGCGGCUAGGCGACGAGGCUGGCGGCAGUGAGGCGACCACGUCCAGCGACGUAACCGUCAUGGGCCUUGCCCUCAUCCUUCUGCCCUUCCUGCCGGCCACCAACCUGUUCUUCUACGUGGGCUUCGUGGUAGCGGAGCGAAUCCUCUAUAUCCCCUCCAUGGGUGUGUGUCUCCUAGUGUCUUGGGGGGCGCAUCUCCUACACGCGCGUGCACGCACUGCCCGCACCCGUCGCCUCCUUCAGGCAGCGCUUGUGGUCAUCUUCCUCCUGUUUUCCGCUCGAACGUGGACCAGGAAUCACGACUGGGCCACCGAGGAGAACCUCUACCGCUCAGGCAUCGCCAUUAAUCCUCCCAAAGCAUACGGUAACCUGGCCAACAUACUCAGCUCCCAGGGCAGGAAAGAGAAAGCUGAAUGGGCUUAUAAAAAAGCUUUGUCUUACCGCUCGAACAUGGCGGACGUGCAUUAUAACUUAGGUAUACUAUUUCAAGAGCAGAAGCGAUAUGAAGAGGCGUUACAGGAAUAUAAACUCGCAAUACAGUUCCGACCUCGUAUGGCUAUGGCACACCUGAACAUGGGGCUGGUGCUGGGCCUGAUGGGGCAGCGGGUGGAGGCAGCUGAGGUGUACCGCCACUGCUCACAGCUGGACGGAUCAGGACUAAAGGAUCCACGAACCCACGAGUCCACUAAGAUCUCAGCACUCUUCAACCUGGGGAGACUCUACGCUGACGAUGGCCACUUCGGGAGAGCAAUCGACGUGUACCAGGAAGCUGUCGAGAGAAUGCCCCCACAUUACCAGCCUCAGAGUCUGUAUAAUAUGCUGGGAGAGGCGUUCUUCAAGUUGGAAAAGUUCGAGGAGGCUGAACGAUGGUAUCUGGAGGCUCUGAGGGUGAAGUCUGACCACGUCCCCGCCCACCUCACCUACGGGAAACUCCUGGCUAAGAUGCACCGCCUGGGUGAGGCUGAGGAGUGGUUCCAGCGAGCGAAAUCUCUGGCACCCAACGACUCGACCGUCCAUCAGCAUUUUGGUCAGUUUCUCUCGGAGGUGGAACGCCAUGAAGACGCGGCUGACCACUACGUGAAGGCGGCCCAGCUGGCGCCGUCAGAGUACGAAAUUAUCUUCAACGCGGCCAACACCCUCCGUCAGGCGGGCAGGAACAAACAGGCCGAAGAGUACUACCGCCUCGCUGUCAACCUUAGACCUCAGGAGGCGACUUCACAUAUGAACCUGGGCGCCAUGCUGCACGUAAACGGCAAGCUGCUGGAGGCCGAGUCAAGCUACCUGGAGGCGCUGCGGCUCAAGCCCGACGACUCCAUCACCAGAACCAACCUGCAGAAACUGAGACACUUGUUGGCCAAGAAGGGCAUCAGUCCCUCCAGAUAACACGGAGCCCUCGACGUGUGAGGCUAUGGAGCAUCGUGUCCCAGUAGCAUGUCCUAAGGUUGUGUCUUUAAGGGCGUGUCUUUGGAGUAUAUUCCAGAGGUAUGUCCCGGAAAUCGUGUCUUCGGGGCGUGUUCCACGGGAUUGCCCUGUGCUUGGGGCGUCUCCUGCAAUAGUUACCCCCCAAGCAGGGCGCCUCAUAGGUGGUUUGUGUGUGUACGGGAGGGACGACUGUGAUCUCUGCUUCUCAACCUCCACUUUGUGCCAACAGUGAUCUGGGAGGGCCAGAGACAGGCGGGCCGCUGGAGGGCCGCUCACUCCACCUUGGGAGACAUCCACCACGUAGCUCACCAAAACAGAAUGCUCAAGUUCUUCCUCGUCCACGAGUCGUCCUCCGUCUGCGGUUCAGCACUACAACAGCCCAGUGAGAAGAUAGUAGCUAUGAACCUCGGCCGGCGGCUUACCAGUGGUCGUUCUUGUACUCACUGUACAGCGAGAAUGAACCUUAGUGAGACGCCAACUCUGGAUCAUAAUAGCUGAUUUAGUUACAACCUUAGAGAGAGAAAGGAGAGACUAUCCGGCAGACAACAAUAGGCGCUCGGCGGUUCGAGUGUCUGAAGAUCCCAUAAGUGCCUUUUAUAUUAGAGGACCUGUGGGUGGCUGCCACGGCUCCCGACUGCUCCUGGGGCGUCUGGAUACUAGGAAAGUCUUAUGAACAGACAGCGUUAUUAUAAGUCUUAUAGACGAAACUGCUUUUUUAUGAAUGUCUGAAUCCACUAUAUUGUGUUAUGGCCUGAAUUUAUUUUUCUUAACGCCUUUUAGUGUAUGAGUGAAAGAAAGAGAAAAAUUAUUUUUUUCCUGUUCGAACUACGUCGUGUGUUGACCUUAAUCACCUUAACACAUUCUGCGUAGGAUGGAGCGCCAAGAAGACUAUUUUGGUGAGGCGUGGAGCCCCGGUUGUGAGUGAAGGCUACACGCUUCUGCCUGUCGGGAGUCGCCUUGUGUUCCUUAGCGAUAAUACCACAGCUUCGGAGCACAUUAUACAUAGUCCAGGUUGUACUAUAAUUAUUAUAUUGUUAUUUAAAAUCCCCAUUUUUAUAUAUUUAGAGUACAGAAGACUUUUCAGAUCACAAUGGUUAGCUUCCAGAAUUAUUAAGGAACUUCAAGAUGACCACAGUGCCAAACACAGUUCAUAUCAGGACACAAAUUGUGCCAAAAGUAGAAGAAAAAAAUCUCCCAGGAUCAUGUCUUAUAAACAGCUCCUCUCAUACCUCCUCAGCUCAGUCCUGAGACAUGUUAUCAAUUUUCCUAUUCAAAACACCUCAGAAAUUAAUUGUACCCAUUUUUCUGUUUAUUAUUUCACUUGCAUGCUUUCAACCCAUUCUAUAUGAGUUUCUCCUCAAACCCAUGAUUCUAUAGUUACCCAUUCGUCUCAAAUCCGUUUUCUGUCCAGGAUAUUCCCAGAAGUCUCGUUUCCUUCAGUGAGUCAUAUUGAUGAUGUAGAAAUAAUCAAAGUCUUCUUUUUACAAACCGUAUCCAUCAGUCAUAUUAGUGGUGAUUUUUUAUUUCCAUUUCUUAUAGAAUAAUGUUAUGAAAAUAUAUACAAGUUUAGUUAACAAUUAUUCAAACUUUUUUUCUUCAUAAGUCAAUCGUAUCCAUGCAUGUUCCUCAAUAGUUGGUUAUUUUAGCUCUUCCCAGUAAUGAUCUUACGAGCCUGUGUGAUCAUGCGAGUCUGUGUGAGUUAUCAAACAAAUCUGUGUGUAUGGUCUUUAUGUAACUGGAGGAAAUAUGUGCUGCAUGUGUACCUUCACCAUUACAUGUAAUUAUAUGACGUAACAGUAGUUUAUAUGUGUAUGGUUUCACAGUUGUAUCGCAUACAUAUUGUGUGUACACGCUCAAGUGGUGCACACACACACUUUGCCAUUGUUACACAUAUAGUUAUUUCACAGUUGUACAUAUAUGUUUGUUUACAGUGUUACAAACAUGUCAUUACUGUUAUGCAUAUAUGUACACAUCAUCCAAGUGGUACACACGUGUAUAUGUUCACAGCCAUGUAUGUAUAUUGUGCUGUUUGCUCCUCUUUUUAUCUGCGAUGUAUUUAGUGAUAUUAUUCCUUUUAUUUAUUCGUUGUAUCGAAAGACACCGACCGACGCUCGAGUGACUAAGUGACUCGGUCUGGAGAAUUCAUCCACUUCCUCCCCACAACACCUGUCGUUAGUUCACCUGUUGUUGUGGACAUCUGUACCAGUAUCACUUACAACUAGCACUUACAUAGUACUGACUUACUAUAAACGUUACUUUUCUUUUGACUUUAUAUCAUGUUAAAGAAUCUUAAUUAUCUUUUUUUUUCACUUCAACUCUCCGCUAAGUUUGUUGUGUCAGCCUUACCAGGGAAAUAAUACUAAUUACAUUAUGUUUCAUGUACGAAUCUAAUAUAAUUGUUGUUGUUUUUUAUUUAGUUAGUAGCAUUAUUAACUUUUAUAGGAUUUCAUACUAGAGAGUCCAGAAUGUAAGUGAUGCUAGAAACUGAACCAUUGCUCGAUCAGUACAGAUCAGCCUCUCUCUUCCAACCUCCUCUACCCCCUCCCCCCCUUCCUUCCCCCCACCUCCCUCUGGCCCCCCUUCCUUCCCCAC